GGCCGACAGCUCCACCGCGAUCGCCUUCUCCGCCGCGACCGGCGCCGGCUCCUCCUUCGCGCCUCCGAACAAGAUGACAGCCGGGCGGCGGCGCUGGGGCCGGCGGUGGCGGCGCGGAGGCUCCUCGCUCCGGCUGAUGACUGACCUGCCUCCCUCGUUUUUAACACUGAAACCAGAUUGUUUUAACUAAAGAUGGAAACACUGGAGUCGGAACUGACUUGUCCAAUUUGCUUAGAGUUGUUCGAAGACCCUCUUCUUCUGCCGUGUGCUCACAGUCUGUGUUUUAGCUGUGCCCACCGCAUCUUGGUCUCCAGCUGCUCCUCCGGUGAGAACCUUGAACCCAUCACUGCCUUCCAGUGCCCCACUUGCCGACAUGUCAUCUCCCUUAACCAUCGGGGCCUAGAAGGCCUUAAACGCAAUGUGACCUUGCAGAACAUCAUUGACCGCUUCCAGAAGGCCUCCCUGAGCGGGCCCAGUUCCCCCAGUGAGAACUAUCGUGAGCGGCCCUAUCGCCACAGCCCAACCAUGUCGACAGUGGGAGACCGGAUAGCCUGCCAGUUCUGUGAGCAGGACCCUCCCCGCGAUGCCGUCAAGACCUGCAUCACUUGCGAGGUGUCCUACUGUGACCGCUGUCUGCGGGCCACCCACCCCAAUAAGAAGCCAUUCACCAGCCACCGGUUGGUGGAGCCCGUGCCGGACGCUCACUUCCGGGGGCUGACGUGCCUUGAGCACGAGAAUGAGAAGGUGAACAUGUACUGUGUGGCUGAUGACCAGCUCAUCUGUGCCUUAUGCAAACUGGUGGGGCGGCACCGGGAUCACCAAGUGGCGUCCCUGAGUGACCGGUUUGAGAAGCUCAAGCAAACUCUGGAGAUGAACCUCACCAACUUGGUUAAGCGCAAUAGUGAGCUAGAAAACCAGAUGGCCAAACUGAUACAGAUCUGCCAGCAGGUGGAGGUAAACACAGCCAUGCAUGAGGCCAAACUGAUGGAGGAGUGCGACGAGUUAAUGGAAAUCAUCCGCCAGCGCAAGCAAGUAAUUGCUGUCAAGAUCAAGGAGACGAAGGUGAUGAAGCUGAGGAAGCUAGCCCAGCAGGUAGCCAACUGCCGACAGUGCCUGGAGCGGUCGACGGUCCUCAUCAACCAAGCUGAGCACAUCCUGAAAGAGAGCGACCAUGCGCGGUUCCUGCAAACAGCAAAGAAUGUGGCAGAAAGGGUUGCCAUGGCAACUGCAUCCUCUCAAGUUUUGAUACCCGAUAUCAAUUUUAACGAUGCCUUUGAAAACUUUGCUUUAGAUUUUUCCAGAGAGAAGAAAGUGCUGGAGGGGCUGGAUUAUCUAACAGCGCCCAACCCACCCUCUGUCCGAGAAGAACUUUGCACUGCCUCCCACGACACCAUUACUGUCCACUGGAUCUCAGACGAUGAGUUCAGCGUCAGCUCAUAUGAGCUCCAGUAUACCAUCUUCACCGGCCAGGCCAACUUCAUCAGCCUCUACAAUUCUAUGGACAGCUGGAUGAUUGUCCCCAACAUCAAGCAGAACCAUUACACAGUGCAUGGGUUGCAGAGUGGCACGCGAUACAUCUUCCUCGUCAAGGCAAUAAAUCAGGCUGGCAGCCGGAAUAGUGAGCCCGCACGACUCAAGACUAACAGCCAGCCUUUCAAGCUGGACCCUAAAAUGGCUCAUAAGAAGUUGAAGAUCUCCAACGAUGGGCUCCAGAUGGAGAAAGACGAAAGUUCCCUAAAAAAGAGUCACACCCCUGAGAGAUUCAGUGGAACAGGCUGCUAUGGGGUCGUGGGUAAUGUGUUCAUUGACAGUGGAUGUCACUACUGGGAGGUGACCCUGGGAACCUCCACCUGGUACGCCAUUGGCAUUGCCUACAAAUCAGCCCCUAAGAACGAGUGGGUCGGCAAGAACUCCUCUUCGUGGGUUUUCUCCCGCUGCAACAACAGUUUUGUCGUGCGGCAUAACAAUAAGGAGAUGCUGCUUGACGUUCACCCCCAGAUGAAGCGCCUGGGCGUUCUCCUGGACUAUGACAAUAACGUGCUUUCCUUCUAUGACCCAGCCAACUCUCUCCAUCUCCAUACAUUCGAGAUUGCUUUUGUCCUGCCUGUCUGCCCUACCUUUACCAUUUGGAACAAGUCAUUAAUGGUGGUCACGGGCCUUCCUGCCCCAGACUUUAUAGACUACCCAGAACAGCAGGAAUGCAACUGCCGACCCCAAGAAUCCCCAUAUGUAUCAGGAAUGAAAACCUGCCAUUGAGGAUCCAUGAAGUCCCUUCUUUCCGGCCAAGUCUCGGGAACUACUGUGCAACCAGAUGGGGAGGUGGGCUCAUAUGUGUUGGGAGGCAGUUGGCAGCCCACUAGCUUAUUGCUUACUGAAAUUCCACCACUCAUGGUGCACCCUGUUCAAGGAGUGUGGGUGGUGUUUCAUGGACCAGAUUUUUACAACUUAAUUUUAUUUUUUUGAUAGCACUACUGAAUCGUCUCCAAUGGAGUUGGCAUGUCUUGUUUGUUCCUGACAAGAGGAAGGGCACCAUGGCAGGGUAUGGAGGUGGGUCAUACCAUCUCAGCUGCAAGGGAAUCAAAAGGCCAACAAGAGUUUUGUUUUGUCUACAGCCAGAGCAUUCUUAGGGUCCCCAUCAGGUCUCUAACCUAUCAUUUUGGGAGAAUUGGAACCAGACCAAAUUGGAACCCAAGCUAUUGCCUAGGAAGCACAGGUCUGGGUCACCUAUUACCCCAUGACAAUUGUGCAUGGGGGAGGGGGCAGAAUGAAUUUAGCACUCUGCAAAUGUUCCUCCUGCACAUUAGCAGACACAUGGAAAAGUGAGUC